AUGAAUGAAAUAAAUCAGGACGAAUUUCUUAUUUGGCCAGUGCACUUAAAACUAACGAGGCCAAAAAAACUGGAGGGACUUGAUUCUCUGGCAGUUCUACCGACUUCUUUGGUGCUCUCAGGUGCCGUACUUCGCGAAAGGGAAGACGCUCACAUAGUUGCCACCAUUCAGUAUACGGUUGAUUGGCUGAACCAAAGGGGUAUCUACGGUGAAAUAGAGUAUCUCAUAGAUUAUCUGGCUGAUGUAGAUCACUAUGCUGCAUUGAAAAAAGGUUGGUGA